AUGAAGGAUUUGGGCAGUGCAAAGAAGAUUUUGGGUAUGGAAAUAGUCAGAGACAGAGUAAAUGAUGGUUUGUGGAUCUCGCAAGAGAGUUACUUGAUGAGAGUUUUAUCUAACUUCAACAUGGAGCAAGCAAAGUCUGUUGCUACUCCAAUGGGAGCUCAUUUCAAGUUACAAGCAGCAACAGAGCAAGAAGUUAAAAAUCAGUUCGAUUUUAUGAAGAAUGUUCCUUAUCAGAGUGCAGUUGGCAGUAUAAUGUAUUCGAUGGUGGGAACUAUACCAGACUUGGCAUAUCCAGUUGGAAUGAUCAGCAGGCUAAGCUUCAAGAGGAAAGGAGACUUUGUUGUGAAAGGCUACUGUGAUUCAGAUUACGCAGGAGAUCAAGAUAAUCGUCGUUCAAUCUCAGGUAUGGUUUUUACUGCAGGUGGGAACGUGGUCAGCUGGAAAUUGUCACUUCAGAGGAUUGUUGCUUUGUCAUCAACAGAGGCUGAGUAUAUUGCUUUGUCAGAGGCUGUAAAGGAAGGAGUCUGGUUAAAGAGAUUUGCAGAAGAGUUGGGUUUUCCUCAGGAUUCAGUGGAGAUUCACUGUGACUCGCAAAGUGCCAUAGCUCUUUCGAAGAAUGCAGUUCAUCACGAGAGAACAAAACAUGUGGCAGUGAAAUAUCAUUUCAUCCGAGAUCUUAUCAGUUGCGGAGAAGUACAAGUUCUGAAGAUUCCGACUGCUUACAACCCAGCUGACAUAUUCACAAAGGUGUUGCCAGUUUUCAAGCUAAGAGAAGCAUUGAAGAUGCUUCGGGUUACAAAGGAAUAA